UUGUCGCUAGCGAAACGAACCGGUUCUGAUGGUAUUUUUAUCAGAAUGAUCGCUGCGAAUUCCUCGGCGGCAAUAGAAGGCAGUCUACGUGUUGGUGACCGUCUUCUAUCGUUGGACGGUGAGAGUGUCACAGAUCUUACACCGACAGCGAUUUUGGAACGAUUGCGUGCUAUACAGGGCGCCGUGCACAUUACCGUUUCCCGGGACCCUCAAUAA